AUGGCCAUCCAGGCCACUAAUGCCAACAAAGGCUCUGAAGCAAAAGAUCUGGAUGCUGCAACUAAUCCAGUUGCUGUGACAAGAGAGGGCGGCCCUGCUCAUGAGGAAGACGAAGAGGAAGAGGAAAUAGCAGGAGCUGAAGGGAACACUGAAAACUCGACGAAAAAAAAACGCAAGAGGAAGAAGAAGCCAAAAGGUGGUGCUUCCAACGCAACCAAGCAAUCGGAUCCGCCUCGUGUCCUAGUAUCGACACUCUUUAAAGGAAAAGAAUAUCCAGUAGGAGAAGAAGAGGAGUACCGAGAUGAGAAUCUAUUCCGAACCACAUCUGAGGAAAAAAGGCACCUUGAUCGCAUGAACAAUGACUUUUUACAAGAGUACCGACAGGGUGCUGAAGUCCAUCGACAAGUCAGACAAUGGGCUCAAAAAAACAUCAAACCAGGACAAAGUUUGACAGAAAUAGCCGAAGGUAUUGAAAACAGUGUUCGUGCAUUGUGUGGCCACCCUGGUCUAGAAGAAGGCGAUAAUAUAAAAGGAGGCAUUGCAUUUCCUACCGGUCUUAACCUUGAUCAUAUUGCCGCCCACUAUAGCCCGAAUUCUGGCAACACUACGGUGCUCACUAAAGAUAACGUGAUGAAGGUUGACUUUGGGGUCCAUAUGAAUGGUAGGAUUGUUGACAGUGCAUUUACCAUGUCAUUUGAUCCGGUGUAUGAUAAUCUACUCGAGGCCGUUAGACAAGGAACCAAUACCGGUAUCAAAGCAGCAGGCAUAGACGCUCGAUUAGGUGAGAUUGGUGAGGCUAUCCAAGAAACAAUGGAGAGUUAUGAAUGCACCAUUGGCGGAAAAACGUACCCAAUAAAGUGCAUCAGAAACUUGAACGGACAUGAUAUUCGGCGUUGGCAGAUACAUGGUGGCAAAAGCGUGCCGAUUGUUAAGAGUAGUGAUCAAACGAGGAUGGAGGAAGGUGAGGUAUUCGCUAUUGAAACAUUUGGGAGCACCGGCAAUGGAUAUGUACGAAAUGAUUACGAGACAUCACACUAUGCUAAAGUAGUCGACGCUCCCAAGAAUACAGUUUUACGAGUUCAAUCUGCCAAUAAAUUGCUGAAUGUUAUCAACAAAAAUUUUGGGACAUUACCAUUUUGCAGAAGGUACUUAGAUCGCUUGGGCCAGGAAAAAUACUUGUUAGGGUUGAAUAACCUUGUAUCGAGUGGUGUUGUUGAGGCCUAUCCACCGCUAGUAGAUAAAAGAGGCUCUUACACGGCGCAAUUCGAGCAUACUAUCUUGUUGAGGCCAACUGUGAAGGAGGUGAUUAGUCGGGGUGAAGACUACUAA